AUGACUGAUACUCUUCCAAGGCCGGAUGAUUUAGAGGCUACUUGGAAUUUUGUAGAGCCUGGCAUUCAUCAAAUAUUGGGUCGAGAUGGUACUGCAUCUUCAACACUGAAAAGAGUAGACAAGGUUCUUUCCCCUACCAUGUAUAUGGAAGUUUACACCGCAAUUUAUAACUAUUGUGUGAACAAGUCAAGCUCUGCCGGCCAAUUCAAUGCAGACAACAGCAGGCAAAAUCAGUCCUCUCUUUUGAUUGGCGGCGAGAUCUACCAUAAGCUGCAAAACUGCUUGCAAGAGUAUCUUUCAAAAUUAGAGCGAGGUGAAAAUGAAGCAUUCUUACACUUUUAUGUGAGACGCUGGAAACGUUUUACAGUGGGCGCGAUAUUUCUGAACCACGCUUUCGACUACAUGAAUCGUUACUGGGUUCAGAAGGAGCGUAGUGACGGGAAGAGGCACAUUUUCGACAUUAACACACUGUGUCUUAUGACAUGGAAAGAGGUGAUGUUUGACCAAAAUGUGAGCCAAUUGGUAGACGAAGUGCUGAAGGUCAUCACUUUGCAGAGAGAUGGGUGUGCAAUCUCUCACACUGAUACCAACGCCGCAAUCAGGUCGUUCGUUGCUUUGGGAAUAGACCCGCAAGAUUUGAAGAAGCUCAACUUGAAUGUUUAUAUACAGCAUUUCGAGAAACCCUUUUUGGAAUCCACUCGCGCGUAUUAUAAGAGGUUCUCAGACGAAUAUCUGGAGAAUAACUCGGUCGCUGAGUACAUUUUCGUUGCUCAGGACAAGAUUAAGGAUGAGGAAACAAGAAUAGUUCUAUACCUUGAUGAUCAUACCAAAAAGCUUUUGUCUGAAGCACUUAACCAAGUCUUGAUCACCGAUCAUUCUGAAGUACUUGAAGGUGAGUUUGUGUCUCUACUAGACUCAAGAGAUGAGAAUAAAAUUUCUACCCUACACGAUCUAAUGCAAAGAGAUAUUCUGCUUCUCCCAAAAUUGGCUCAAGCAUACGAGGAGUACGUGAAGCGGACAGGUGAACAAGAAAUUUCGCUUUUGGUUGCGGAACACAGAGCGAGACUAAACGAUGCUACUGAGGAGCCAUCACUUCAAAAACGUACUACUGCUAAUUCUUCUAUUCCUCCCAACGAAUACGUUAAAAAACUGAUCGAAGUUUACCAAACUUUCAUCAAAAUCACUAGAGACUGUUUUCAAAAUGGACCUCUGUUCACGAAGGCUCUCGAUAAUGCUUGUCGUGCUUUCAUCAAUGUCAACGAACUUGCCAUCCCUCCUGGGUCGCCCAAGCUUGCAACGUCUAAAACCCCCGAGAUGCUGGCUAAGUAUAGUGAUCAACUACUCAAGAGAUCAAGCAAAGCUCCAGGUUCCAAUACUGAACUUUCUGCCGAUGCUAUAAUGACAAUUUUCAAAUUCCUGACCGAUAAAGAUGCAUUUGAAACACAUUACAGACGGCUGUUUGCGAAGCGUUUGAUCCAUGGCACUUCAACUACCGAAGAGGAUGAGGAGGCCGUGAUUCAACGUCUGCAGAGCGAGAAUAGUAUGGAGUACACAGGUAAAAUUACCAAAAUGCUACAAGAUAUCAGGCUCUCGAAACAGCUCGAGAAAGAGUUCGAAAGUGCAGUUAGAAUAGCCCCGGAUUACAACAGAGUCAGGUAUCCCGAAUUUCAGCCGUUUGUGCUCGCUGAGACCAUGUGGCCAUUUUCAUACCAGGACGUUGAGUUCACCUUGCCCAAGGAGCUGGUCCCCACACACAGCGGGCUGGAGAAGCUGUACACCAACAAACAUAAUGGUCGGAUUCUCAAGUGGCUAUGGCCCUUGUGUCGCGGUGAAAUAACGGCAGACAUUGGUAAGCCGGGCAGACCGCCGUUUAUUUUCACGGUGACAUUGUUCCAGAUGACUAUUCUUCUACAGUUCAAUGACCGGUCAUCUCUGACCCUUGAAGAAAUACAAGAAGGUACAAACCUCAGCACGUCUAAUAUCGUAUCAUCCAUGAUACCUUUCAUCAGAUGGAAACUGAUUCAGCAGUCUCCACCAGGACUGGAGGCGCUAUCCAAGCCCGAUACCGAAUUUAAGCUAUCGACGCCUUACAAGGCACUCAAGACAAAAAUCAACUUUGCAGCAGGUGUGAAGAGCGAGGUUCCAGGUCUUGUCUCAGGAAGCACCAAUAAUGGAGAACUUUCCGAGGUCCAAAAGAUAGAAAAGGAGUUAAACACAGAGCGUCAGAUAUUUUUAGAGGCCUGUAUCGUCAGAAUAAUGAAGGCAAGACGAAAACUUCCUCACGCCACCCUAGUCAAUGAGUGCAUCGCCCAAUCCCACCAGCGAUUCAACGCCAAGGUUUCACUCAUCAAAAGGGCCAUUGACAAUCUCAUCGCUAAAGAAUACUUACAAAGAUGCGAUGACGGAGAAUCCUACGAAUACCUUGCUUAG